AUGAGACGCCUCUCUUCACUGCAGUGUGAUGAGACGCCUCUCUUCACUGCACCACCCCACGACACUCCUCUGGUUGCUGAUGCUUCACUGGCAAGCAGGCUGCUUCAGCAACCCGUGCCCCUGCGUGUCUGCUGUGGGCAGCGGUGCUCCGCGGGUCUGUGCCUCGGGACGUCUCACGACAGCUUAGGGGACUUCCGCACUGUGCAGGUGCGUGAGGAGCGGAUGGGGAUGGAAGAGCUUGCUGCGCUGAUGUUUUUUUCGCCUUUCCUCUUCCCUCCCCCACCUCCUCUCUCUCCCCAUCCAUUUCCUCUCCCUCCGCCGCUCCUCCUCUCCCAACUUCCCUACUCUCUCCCUCCUCCCACUCCCCCUCAACUCUCACUCUCCCCCUACUCUCACUCCCCCCUCCUCUACUUCCCCGUCUCCCCUCACUCCACCUCUCCUCUCACUCCCCCUCUUUUCUCCCUCCCCUCUCCUCUCUCAGCGGUAGACGCGUCUGGCGUUGCAGCAGUGGGCGUGGGUUUUGGGAGCGUGGCAUGUUAG